ACCCCCCCACUCAGGGAGCGCCGGAAGGGGCGCGCUGGGCGGUUGGCCGCGGCCGGGGCGGCGGCCGUUGACUAACUGUGGCCUGCCAGGCAAGAUCAGGCGUCUGGCCGGACUGCGGCCACAAUGACCAAGGACUCGCCUACCCCUUUGGGUGGCGGCCGCGUGUCGCCCAAGAAGCCAGGCAGCCCGGGCCCAGCGGCAGCAGUGCUGGAGGAACAGCGACGGGAGCUGGAGAAGCUGCGGGCGGAGCUGGAGGCCGAGCGCGCGCGCGGGCGGGCCGAACGACGGCGCUUCACCGCCCAGGCGCGCCAGUUGAGGGAGUCCGCAGAGCAGGAGCGGCAGCAGCUGGCUGACCAUCUGCGCUCCAAGUGGGAGGCGCAGCGCUUCCGGGAGAUGCGGCAACUGCAGGAGAAGGUGCAGCGAGAGCGCGAGGCCGAGAUCCGGCAGCUGCUGCGCUGGAAGGAGGCCGAACUGCGGCAGCUGCAGCAGAUGCUGCACCGUGAGCGCGACGGUGUGGUGCGCCAGGCCCGAGAGCUGCAGCGCCAGCUGGCCCAAGAACUGGUGAACCGCGGUUACUGCGGCCGCGCGGAGGCGCCGGAGACCUCUGCCACUCAAUGCCACUGUCGCCUGCAACAAGUACUGGCGCAGCUUCGCUGGGAGACCGACAGCGAACAGGCCGCGCGCAUCCGCCACCUGCAGGCGGCGUUACACUUGCAGCGUCAACUCUUUCUCAAGUACAUCCUGGAGCACUUUCGCUGGCAACCCGCUUUGCCGGAACACCCAGACCCCCAGGCCGUGCAUUCCUCGGAAGAGCGACUCCCCGAAAUCCGGAGCAGUGCUCGUCGCACCCCAAAGCCCGCCUGUCGACUCGGAUCCCUAGACAGCCUGAGCACUGGCGUCCGCGUUCGCUCCCGUUCUCUGGAUCUGGUGCCCGCGUCAUGCUCCAGCUCUCCAGACGACCUGCUCCCCACGCGUGCCAGCUCCCUUGAUUCCUUGACAACAGCGCGUUCUUGCUCGCUCAACAGCACACUGAGUUGUCCCAAGGCCUCCGAAUCCGAGGUGCGGGCCUCCCCAACAGAUGUCUCCAUCCCAGGCUCUCCUAGUCCCCCGCUGCCGCUCCUACCACCGUCGGCUCAUAGGAAACCUAGCGAUCCGCGGGGAGGAGAAGGCUCCGGGAACCAGCCCUGCGAAGCUCUGACCCCCGCGCCACUAGGCCUGGACUACCACGAACUGCUGAAGCAAAAUUCGGAGCUGGCUGAAGCGUUGCAGGUGCUGUCGCGCCGGUGUUCUGCUUUGCGCGAGGAGAACAUGCAGCUCCGGCGCGCAGGCUUCUCCGACGAGGCAGUUGAGAAGGUGAAGCGGCUCAAGGUAAAGCAUGCUGAACUAACAGGCCUGGCGCGGCGCCUGGAGGACCGGGCCCGCAAGCUGCAGGAAACCAAUCUGCGGGCAGUGAGUGCGCCCGUACCCGGUGAGAGCCACGCCGACCUGGAGCUGUGCCAGGCCUUUGCCCGCCAGCGCGCCCAGGACUUGUCAGAACAGGCUACUGCACUGUUGGCCAAGGACAAACAGAUCGAAGAACUUCGGAGGGAAUGCCACCUGCUGCAGGCUCGCGUUGCCACGGCUCUCGGCAGCACCUCGCAUCCUGGAGGGGGCGCCCCCAGCGCGCAGUGGCUCAACAUCAGCGACUUGGACCGGCUGCAGCGCGAAUCCCAGCGCGAAGUGUUGCGCUUGCAAAGGCAAUUGACACUGCAGCAAUCCAAGGGUGGCGCCGGGCGUGAGGCUGGCAGCCGCAGCUCACCUUGCGAGGAGGUGCAACAGCAGGUGCAAGAGCUGGAGUGCGAGCUGGGUGCGCGGCGGCGUGAAUGCGAGUUGCUGGGCGCUCAGGCGGCAGCAGCACAGCGGCGCGUGGAGGAAGCUGAAGCACAGCUGCAGGCAGCGCUGCUCAAGGGCGCCUGGCUGGCGGAGGAGAACGCACGGCUGCAGGCACAGGCCAACUGGAUCCCGAAGGUGGCAGGGGAGAACAGCGACGUGCGCAGGCAGCUGAGUCGCACGUGCCAGGAGGGCCUGUUGGCGGAGCAGCUGCUGCAGCAGGCAGAGAGUGGGCAAGACAGGCAGCAGCAGCUGCAGCACUACCUGCAGAAGGCCCUGAGCGACCUCCAGGCUGCCCGGAAGGAGAUGCAGGCGUUGCAAUGUCAACCUGGCCACCCUUUGCAGCAGCCAUCGGAGAUCAUCCAAACCCCAGAGUUCCAAGCCAGUGGCAGUGGAAGGUCCAAGUUCAAGCCAGGACAGGAAGACCAUGCACUGUCACUGCCCAGCAGGGACAAACAGCCUUCUGUUUGUCUCUCCCAGCAAGAAAGUCCAGUUGCCCUUAGUGAACCAGACAGUGCCCCUAGAGUGUCAGACAGGGUCUCUCCCAGCGAGCCUUUGGACUCCAGGCCCCAGGCCAAGAAAACCAGCUCCCAGUCGAACUCCUCGUCAGAGGUGGAGUCCGUAUGGGUUACAGUGCCAUCUUGCCUUACUCUGGACGUGGACACAGCCAGUGAGGUAGAUGAUCUUGAGUCAGACAGUGUGUCCACUCCCCUGGAAGUAAAGGACUCUGAGGCUCCUGCUACCCCCAAGUUCAAGGUCUUCCUGGCUAGGUAUAGCUACAAUCCAUUUGAGGGACCCAAUGAGCAUCCUGAGAGUGAGCUGCCCCUCACAGCUGGGGAUUAUGUGUAUGUCUUUGGGGACAUGGAUGACGAUGGCUUCUAUGAAGGGGAGCUUGAGGAUGGCCGUAGGGGAAUGGUGCCAUCCAACUUAGUGGAACAGGUUCCAGACAGCCCCAUGUUAGGCUGCCUGCCCUCCAAGUCCCCUGACCUUAGCCCCACUUCACUACCUGCUGGACAGAACCAAGCCUUGAAGGAAAACAGCUUAUCACUUGGAAAAGCUCAGGCAUCAGUGGAUAGAGGGCCAUACCAGAUUGUAAGGUUGGGCUCUGAGACAGAAGUGGCGGUAGAGAUCUUGGAGACUAAGAAAGAAGCCUGCUGGGUGGGGUCACCACAGAGUGUGGGGGAACAGGGCUUCUCCAGUCCAUUUCUAGGGGCCAGAGGAGUGCUCUGUGUGGCCCCCAUGCAACUACACCUGCAGAGCGUUGCGGCUACAUCUGCUGAGAUCACCUGGGUUCAUGGCAGCAGCGGACACCCCCAUAUGGUGUACCUUAAUGACCAGGAACAUGCCCUGACCCCAUCAGGUGUGAGCUGCUACACUUUCCAAGGUCUACAUCCUGGCACACGAUACCAGGUGAGGGUGGAAGUGCAGCUGCCUAGGGACUUGCUGCAGGUGUGGGAAACAAUGUCCUCCACCAUCACCUUUGACACACCCUUAGCAGGACCCCCUGACCCCCCACUGGAUGUACUAGUAGAGCACCAUGCCUCUCUAGGCUUCCUGGUGGUCAGCUGGCUUCCUGUGACCAUUGACUCAGCUGGGUCCUCCAAUGGAGUACAGGUCACAGGCUAUGCAGUGUAUAUGCAUGGGCUCAAGGUUGCAGAGGUCACUGAUGCCACUGCUGGGAGCACCCUGUUGGAAUUGUCCCAGCUCCAGGUGCCCCUCACAUGCCAGAAGCUCUCAGUGAGAACCAUGUCGCUCUAUGGUGAGUCCCUAGAUUCAGUGCCAGCUCAGAUCCCUGAGGACUGCUUCACCUGUCACCCAUUACUGGAGACUCCUCCCUUUAGCUAUACCUGCAGUGACCUGUCCACCUGUAGAGUCACCUUCCCUGUCUGUCAUCAGAAGCUGACACAGGCUUCUCUGAGUACUCACACUCCUGGAAACUGUGGGAAACCUCAGGCCAAGUUUCUAGAAGCAUUCCCUGAAGAACCCCCAAGGAGGCAGUCUCUAGUGUCCAGCUUAAGCUCAGAAAGGACUGGCAACCAAGCCCAGGGGUCCACAGAGGCCUGGAAAGACUGCAAAAAGGACCUGCCUUUUCAGAAGAGUCCCCAGAACCACAGGCCACCUCUGCCCACUGGCCAGUCUGGGGUGGAAGAAAGCCACUACCAGCAUAUGAGCACCAACAGAAGCCCUGCCCCAGGAUUCAUCCAUUUGUCCCCUGAGUGUGGGGCCAGGAAAGAGCCACAUCAGGAGAAGUCUGCCUUUGAGAAGGCCCUCAAGCAGCAAGGCACCAGCCUGCAUCAUGCGGCUGACUUCGGUAACGUUUUGGAGGAGGAGGAGGCAGUUUGCUUGGGUCCUUGGCAUACAAGGAAGCCAGAGCAGAAAAAGAAACUGAGGCCCCAGAGCAGACGAGGAAAAGCUUUGGGGGGCAAGAGAGAGUGCCAGCUCUGUGAGCCCACCUCAACACUAUGUCAAGCUCCUUCCAGCAAAGUUGUUAAGAUGCCCAGGGGUGGCUCCCUGAAGUUGAGGACAGAGGCCAACACUCCCUCCAGAGUCUUUGUGGCCCUCUUUGAUUAUAAUCCCCUGGUGAUGUCUGCCAACCCCAGGGGUGCAGAGGAGGAGCUGGCCUUCCAGAAAGGGCAGUUGCUGAGAGUGUGGGGCUCUCAGGACCCCCAUGGCUUCUACCAUGGCGAGUGCAAUGGACAAGUGGGUAACAUUCCUGGGCACCUUGUGGUGGAGGUGGGCACAGAGCAGACUGACGGGAGUUGGUGUUUGUCAGAACAAGGGCAUCUUCCCUCUGUUGCCCACCUUGAGGACUUUGAGUGUCUUACCAGCACCCAGGGAUCCAUUCUCAUGCCCCAAGGGACAUCUACACCAUGGACUCCAAAGACAAUGGUGGCAGCUCUGGACUAUGAUCCCAGGGAUGGGAGAUUAGGGAGCCGGGCAAAGGGCAAGCUGGUGCUGAGGGCAGGAGACGUGGUUACUGUGUAUGGGCCUGUAGAUGCUAAGGGAUUCUAUUACGGUGAGUCUAGUGGCCACAGGGGCCUUGUCCCUGCCCAUCUGCUGGAUGACUUGUCUGUCCAUGCGGAGUGA